CAGGUUUGAAGGCAAAAAACCAGGUCCACAGCGGGUGCAAAUCAGUGGAGCUGCGUUGAUUUACACCAGUUGAGGAUUCAACCCUGUUCGCCACUUGGAGAGAGAGAGCGAGGCAGACCCCUAGGUUCUUCCUUGCAGCUCCAGUUAAUUGCCUGGUUUCCUCAGCAUUGAUCCUUUCAAAAAACCAAAUCCUCCUUUACCCGGGGGUUUCUGCCCCUUCUCCCCCUGAGCUCCAGCCGUGUACAUCCUGCUUUGCUGACUGUGUGCUUACAGCGUCAAAGGGUGGACGUGAUAUUUCAAACAUCAGAUCAGUGCGUUUAUAUAUUGGGUGCCCGGAAAUUUUUCCAAAUAAACACAGCUUGAUUCAACUUGGGUGGGCAGACUUAUCAACAGACUAAUGCUAUAAACAAAUGAAGGACAAACCCGGCGAACCAUUGGCUGGUACCAGAGAGACACGUGGAGGGAGCUUGGAGUUUUGUAGCAAUGAUAUUUUAAUUAAUGUGGGUGGGCUGAGAACACAAGCGACUGUUUAUCGGAGACAAUUUAUUUUCCAGUGCUAAGUCAACAUAUAAUAGCAAACUUACAACAAUUAUUUAACAUUUUUUUUUCUUUAAAAAAAAAAAAAAAGAGCGAUGAAGCCGGGACAGAGGGAGAACAAACUCGUUGAGGCAGGGUUGGGGUCUGAGCUCACACAAAUAGCUCCCCGGUGGACUCUUGGAGGGUUUCUUCCUUGUCCUUUCCCGUCUCUGAACUGCCAGGGGAAAGACCCGGAGCUAAAACCACAUCCGCGAUGAGCCACAUUUUCGGCAGCCAUCUACCUCCAGUGAGCAGCCCGCUAAAUGGCUCCUCCAUGGUCUAUCUGUACGGGGCCGACAGGGCUGGACUGCCUGCUGCUUUAGGCUUCGCUUCCACUAGCGUGAUCUCCAGGCAGGAACCUCCCCAGAAGCCUCCUUAUAGCUACAUCGCUCUCAUUGCCAUGGCCAUCAAGGAGGCUCCAGACCAGAAGGUGACUCUCAACGGCAUCUACCAGUUCAUCAUGGAGCGGUUCCCUUUCUACCACGACAACAGGCAGGGCUGGCAGAAUUCCAUCCGGCACAAUCUCUCCCUCAACGACUGCUUCAUCAAGGUGCCCCGGGAGAAAGGCAGACCUGGCAAAGGCAGCUACUGGACUUUAGACCCCAGGUGCCUGGAUAUGUUUGAAAACGGGAACUACCGGCGGAGGAAAAGGAAGCCCAAAGCCUCAGGAUCCCAGGAGACCAAGGGCAAGGCAGAGGCGGAGGAGGGGAAGGAGCAGCCCGCUGGCAACCGAGCUGAUGUGCAACCGAAGAGAUUCCGGGGGAGCCAGGCUGCAUCCGCAGGAGGAGAGACCCUGGAGCCAGCCUGCGCCCCUGGGGAUGCACUGGCCCCAGCAGAGGAAGGCGAGAGCAAGGCGAGCUCUGUGAGAUGCAACCGGGCAGCAGCAGAUCCUCCGCAGCCAGAGGCGCCCCCUGCCCCUUGGGGCCAUCCCCAUCCAUCCAGGUGCGCAGGUCCUCAGGUCCCUGCGCCUGCCUCCAAGGAGGGAAGCAUUCCCGAGGGGGAAAGGGUGGUGAGCUCUUCGGAGGGAGAGGCGGAGGAGAAGGCGCUGGCAGAGGCCAGGGCAUGUCAGCAUAUGCCCACCUCUGGUGCACGCCUGCUCUCCCCAAGUGCCAAUCAGAGCCAGGUGGGCUCCGCAGCCGGGACAGAUCAAAUGCCUCCGAAAAGCUCAGAGAAGUCCAAAAGCUUCAGUAUAGACAGCAUCUUAGCUCACAAAACUCUCCAAACGCCAGCCAAAGAGGACGCGCAGGCAGAGGGAGGCUGGGACCCGAGCGCCUCCAAGUUGGCUUUGGAAAGCCUGCCAGCUGGAUACAUCAGUGGGUCGCUGGCAGCUAAUGCUAAUGUCUGUCCAGCUUUCAGUGCUUCCCUGAUGCUCGAUUCCCAAAUUCAAGGUAGAUUUUAUCAGAUCGGGAUUCCCUUUCUCUCUUAUUUUCCUCUUCACUUGUCCGAGACGGUAUUUAAUUUUCAGUAACAAAAACCCCCAAAUGCAAUUUGAUAUCCAAUUAUAUACACACACGGAAUUGGAUCGAAUAUAUAUAUAUAUAUAUAUAUAUAUAUAUAUACCAAGAAUGAAUUACAUGGGUUAAGAAUAUUAGGAUUUUAUGGCAUUUUCAACCGUUUCUUUCUCAGCAGAUUUCUUGACUAGAUAUUUUUUCUUCCAAAUAUACUUUAAGGUAACUUUUUUUUUUUUUUUUUUUUUUUUUUUUUUUACGUUGGCUGUAACAAAAAUCUCACAAACAGUACAGCAGCCUGAUGGUUUAUUCUUGCCGUCCAUCAUGCAUUUAAGACCUGGUUUUGUCCAACUGCUUUGCUUUCACGUUAAAAAACAACCCUCCCCAUGCACCCCAAUUUAAUCAUGUGUUUUUCUUGUGCUUAUGUUAUUUUGCAGUGAAUACAUAUAUUUUCCCGCACACAUAUAUACAAUCGCUGCCACGCUGCCUAAUAAACCCCAACCUGGUAAUUUAAAUAAAUCGAAUAGAUAAAUGACAUAAAAAGAGUCACAAAUGGAAUUUCCUUCGGUACAAUCCGACUUGCUUGGAAUCAGCACGGUAUACAAUUCAUGGCGUGCAUUCAAGCUGGUUUACUGCAUAGUGCUUGCCUUUUUAGCGUAUUUUGAUAGUGUCUGUGUCACUGAAGCUGGUUACAGAGAACACCCGAUUUUGAAGGACGUGGACUGGAGAAACUGCCAUUUUUUAUAUAUAUGGAAUCCGAUGCUCUAAACAUAAAACCACACUGAUCACAAUAAUAUACAUUAAUCUUGGAGUUACCUUGUUACAAACUGGACGUCUACCAAGAGCAAUCAACUAACCCCUGUCCCCGUAGGUUUUUAUUUUCUCCUAGAUGAGUUAUAGACAAGAGCAUUUUUUUUAUUCUUUCAAUAAAUAUUGAGGCUUUCUUUGUAUAUUAGUGGGCAAAUGCCCUUUGGAAAUCUUUUAUAUAAUCAGCUUUCAUUAUGAAGCCGAACCUAUAUUCAAUAAAGUAUUUUGU